AUGUCUCAAUCCCACGCUGGUGUCCUCCACGAAUAUCUAACGGCCUUUGAAUUCAAUCCAAACCCCCAAAAGCAGCAUAGCCUGCUCUUCGUCGGUGGGCUCACCGACGGCCUCCUAACAGUCCCCUACGUAUCCGCCCUCGCAAAGGCCUUCGAAUCCACAGAAUGGACCGUCUUCAACGUCCUCCUCUCCUCGUCCUACCUCGGCUGGGGAGUCGAAAGUCUCGAUAAGGACGUCACCGAGAUCGCGCAGUGCGUGAACUUCGUCCGGGGCCUGAAACCCCAGGGCAAGAUCGUUCUCAUGGGCCAUUCAACCGGUAGCCAGGACGUCCUGCAUUACCUGCACUCCCCGAAUCCGCUCCCCGGGCAGGAAAGUGCUCGUCCGGUGCUGGAUGGGGCAAUCAUGCAGGCUCCUGUGUCGGAUCGGGAGCAUAUCUUGCAUUUGGCGAACUCGAAUCAGGAGGUUCGCGGGGCGUAUGAGCAGUUGGUGAAUUUUGCGAGGGCGCAGGCGCCACAGUCGCUGUUGCCGCUGAAUCUUACCGCCGUGGUCGGAUGGCCGGAUAAUACGGGGAUUAGCUGUCGGAGAUUUCUGAGUCUCGCGAGCCCCGACAGUCCAGAGAAGCCUGCCGAGGAUGAUUUGUUUAGUUCCGAUCUGAAGGAUCAGAGGUUGAAGGAGACGUUGGGGCGGUUGCGGAGAGGGGGUUGGUGA